GAUCUCCUAAUUAUUUUCCUGUAAGGAAGCAGCCAAAGCCAACUCUCGAAGCAGUUGGGUGUGGGUGUGAGCCACCAGAAUGCAAGAGCCAAUCAUGUUAUAGUGAUCGAAGUCCUCUAGCCAAUCAUGUUGCAAUGAAAUGUGCCAUAGAACCUCCGUGGAUUGUUUACUUCCGGGUUAGACUGACAUGGCGGCACCCUAGUCGCGUUAGGUCAAGCCAUCAUAACUCAAUUUCCUUUCAAAAUACAGCUGUUUCGAAUGCAAAAAUGACUUUAAAGAACUUAAUAAAGUGGAACAAAACUGCGUCUAGGGUUUACGCCCUAGGUGUGUGGACAAUGAUUGGCUCUUUUGCAUAUUUUCAUUUCACAAGCGGACAGAAAAGCACAGACUCAGCUAAAAGUGAGGAAAGAAAAAAAGAAGAGAGGAAGAAUCCAAAUGAAGUCUUAUAUGAGACUGAGCACACAAAAACCAUCAUCAUCUACAAAAAGGACUUUGUGCCGUACACAACAAGGAUCCAAAAUUUCAUUCAGUCAUUCACUGGUGGUCCUGGAACUGGAGACAGUUAAAAUGGAAUCCUUGGAGUUGUCUGGAAGACACUUAGGAUGAAAAGUUUUUUUUUUUUUUUUUUUUUUUUUUUUUUUACAUUUCUGCAAAGAUUUAAUCAAAUUAAAUGGUAUGACCUUUCCAGCUCCAAGAAAGCUACCAUUUUCUUUUGGAUUGUCAUGCACUCACCGUGCAAAGAGGUUGGCAUACUUUCACAAACAGAUGUGAAAUGAAUCUCUGUCAAAAUCGGCAUGGUCUGCUUCUUGGCAUCAAUAAAAAAGACAGGGUUUUCUGUUGUACCCGGUCAACCAGCCUUUGGUCUGAUGUCAUAUAUGCAUAUGCACAGACUAUUCAAUUUAUGCUAAUAAAGUUAGUAAUGUACACAGUCAGU